AUGGGAGCUCUCUCUAAAUUCAUCUCCCAUCUCUACACCCUCACCAUAAUCUUCUUCACUCUCCUCAUCCUUGAAAUCGCAAUCCUCGUCCGUUCCGUCGCCGGACUCAACCUGAAUUCAGGCAAACGUGUCAUCACCACCACACAGUAUCUCAAACUCAUAGAGCAAAAGAAUCCCACAAUUUGCUACACAAAAAAACUGAAGGCCACAGAAUGCUCAGUUUGCUUAUCAGAUUUUGAGGAAGGUGACAAGAUUAGGCAGCUGAAAUGUAAGCACACAUUUCACCAGGGUUGCCUGGACAAGUGGCUGCAAGAGUAUAGGGCCACGUGUCCACUUUGCAGGACGAAGGUGUUGCCGGACGAUGUUGUGGCUAGUUAUCAUCGGCUGAGAAAUCAGGUACAAUACGACGGCAGCGAUGCGGAGUUGAUUUUCUUGUUAUCUUCGUUGCAGGGGAAUACUUUACAUAGAUUUUUCUAA